GUGGGGCUUCCGCCUGAUCUGGCUUCUCCUUAGCCACUGUGCUUAUCAAAAAUAGAUGAUGUCCUUAGAGUCCUAGGUCCUUCCAAGGGAGCCACAGAGGGGACAAGCUGCUAGAAUAAGCACUGGUGUUAAACAUCAGGCAUCUUGACCAUGAGGAAAAAUCUGCUGGUUGUGCUCAUUACAGCAGCAGUGAUUUGGGUCAGCACAGAAGGCGCUUGGUGAAUUCCUUCAGAACUGCUGCUCCUUCCAUGCACAGACAUGGAGAUUCGUUGAGAAGUUGAUGUCCAAGAUCCCGUAGCUAACAAUGAAUACAGCAAGGACAAAAUGAGCAGGGCCCAGUGAUCAUUCUGUAACACCUGAAGGAUGUGGCCCAUGUCUUGAACAGCUAAGAACAUCACAGCAAAAGCAAGUCAUGAGGCUGAGUUGAAGAUUCCUCUUAUCCGCCGGGCACCGAGAACUAUGAACAGGCAGGGCAAUAAAAGGACAACAAAAGAAGGACCCAGUGAUUUGAAAUUCCAGAACUUCGCUCUGCCAAAAAAUAGGUCAUGGCCACCCGUCAGUAGUGCCACAGGCCAGUACCAGUACCGGACCGUGGAGGAGACUAUUCCCCGCUGUGACAGGAAGACGACUACAGUCCUAGACACAGCCACGUUCCCCAGUGAUGAUGACUACGAAGACCCUGAGCUUCAGCUGGGCGACGUGUGGCCAUCGGUGAAAAUUCUACCAGCCAGGCCCAUAAAGGAAUCUGAAUAUGCAGACACUCGCUGUUUCAAGGGCGCAGCGGACGCCCCCUCUCUGCAGCACGCCAAGCCCUCAGCGCCCCCUGCAGGGCGAAGCCAGAACACGCGGCUGCUACAGCUGGAGGAAGUGGGCAGACGCAUUUCCAGGGACAUCAGAAGCCAACACGCGAAAGGGGACAAACACAUGCAGGAAAACAAGACCCCUUUACCACCUCCUAGGCCUCCGCCCACUCUCCCGAAGAAGUACCAGCCCUUGCCCCCCACGCCCUGGAAGGGCCACACACCGACCCUGCGACAGAACAACUUUCCAGAAGCCCAGAGGGAGCCCAGACAAAUAAGCUUAAAGGACUUAAGUGAAGUCCUUCAAGCAGAAAAAGUUUCUCAUCACCAGAUAAAGCCCGAAUCAUCUCACCUGUCACAAAACCAAAACACUCAGAAGACUCCACUUCCUGUUACAAGUUCUACCUUCUUGCUGAGAAGCCACAAUGUGCAAGAAAGAGUUCAAAAAGGCAGCGUGCAGUCCUGCUCCCCCAGCAGAUGCCAGCCUCCAGCCAGCUGUGGCCCCACUGAAAGCAUCUUGCCCUCUGCAAACACCGGCUGGAGAAAACCUUUCCCCCCAAGAUCUGCUGUGAAGGGUGUUCAGCACAAUGAGUGGUACAUUGGAGAACACAGCCGCCAGGUAGUUGAAGAGGCCUUACUGCAGGAGAGCAAGGACGGAACUUUCUUGGUCCGAGACUGUUCCACCAAGUCCACGGCAGAACCGUACGUCUUGGUGGUGUUUCACGGGAAUAAAGUGUACAAUGUGAAGAUCCGCUUCCUCGAGGGGAACAGGAAGUUUGCACUGGGGACGGGGCUCCGAGGAGAUGAGAAGUUUGAUUCCGUGGAAGACAUCAUUGAACACUACAAGUAUUUUCCUAUCACACUCAUUGACGGGAAAGACAAGAGUGGCAUCCGCAGGGAGCAGUGCUACCUCACUCAGCCACUGCCUCUUGCCAGACGCUUCUCGCCUUGGUAGCCUGGUUGCUGUUUGUCCCUGGCUCAGUGGAGUCCAUGUUUAUAUCGUGUUGCAUUUAUUUCAGAAGACUACUGCGUGGCUCUUCAAGCGAUGACUUUGUUGACUUUGUAUAAAAGAAUACUGUUCCGUAAUGCAAACUGGGAAAUCAGUCAUGAUUUUGAAAGUGGAAAGCACAGAGGAGAUACUUGGAACCUGCAGAAAUUAAAAACCAGGUUUUCCAAAGUAUUUGCUAAACAAAAAGCUGUAAACAGGGUCCUUAUACUCACAUUACAGAUGAGCAGCAAGGUCACAAGAUGUCGGCUGGUGCCACGCGCUUGGAGAGAUUCCCCACCCUGUGCUCUCUGCAGCACAGAGAAGCCUCCCUGAGCUGGUGCCUGAAGGUAUUUGGAUGAUUCGUUACACCAGAGAUGCUGCCACAUGUGGGCUCUGUCUUAUUUGUGAUCCUGGAAAUGUGGUUAGAGGGAAGGAAUAUGGAAAGAGAAACAAGAAAAUUGGAGAAUAUCAACUUAACACCAGAAAUUCGAAGUACUCUCUCUCUCUCUCUGUGGUAUGCAUAUUCUGCUUACAGUAACUUUAAGCCAAAUGCAAGUAGCAAAUUCACAGAAAGGAACUCAGCACAUGGUAUCCCAGUCCAACCGGAAGGCAGUUAGUGUUGACUCUUGCAGAAAGCUUACAGAGGGAUCUACGGGUAGCAUCUACCUUUAAGAUGAAUAUUUUAUUGUUUCUAUUUUGUAGUACAGAUGAGCAAGAGGAGGUUCGAUGAAGUUAUUGAUCUACUCAAUGGAAGAAGUGAUCCCAGACUGUAACACAUCUUGCCUGGCUCCUUGUGAGUGCGACUUCAUGGCCAUAUUCUGUGCCCUGUGGAAUUUUACAGCCAAGGGAAAAGAUUAAGAGAAACAGUUUGAAAACACAGACUUCUCCACUUUAAAACAAAUAAAUUCUCAUAGUGGCAUAAGUUUGGUAAAAAAAAAAAAUACAGUUGAAAUUAAUGGUGCAACAUGAUUUCAAAUGUUACUGAGGCUUAGAAUUCAUGGAGUAUCAUGAAAUUGGAACUUUGACACAGAAAUAAAAUAGAAGUGAAAGGCAAGCAAAUCCAACGAGACCAACACAAUGUCCAGGAUUUUCUCUGAAAGAGGAGACAGCGAGCUCUGUGGGAGGAGAUCUUAGCAUCUGCCGACCAAGCACCUGUUCCGCGUUCUUCAGAGUCAGUGGGAAGUCAGGUGUCUGGGUUGAACGAGGAAAGUUUUAUGAAGAAACUGCUUUCUGCAGCGGGAUAAAGAGGAUGAUGAACAGAGGCAAGCAGAGACGGAAGCAGGGGUAGAGUGUAAGGAAAGCUUAGGUCUAAGCAGCGGCUCUGGGAGAGUCUUGGCUGACCCUGGGUGAGUUCCGAGAUUAUCCACAGCAGAGUCGCACACUAGGCAGAAAUGGUCAGGCCUCCUCAGCACCCCUCCAUGCUGAGUUCAGGACUAAUGUGGAAGAAAACAUGUCUUUCAAGUGUGUGGCAGAGCCCCAGUGUGCCACCCAGGGAGGCAUUGGCUGACUAGCUGCUCAGCAAGUUCUCCUGAGGGAGACUCAAGCUUCCCUCUCCGGACCUACCACAGCAACGUUCCUGGUUCCUGUUCCCUGCUUUCAGUGUUGAUUGUAGAAAGGACAUUUUGCUGAUAACAGGUUAUUAAGGAACAGGAUACAUCAAUUUCAACUCUGUUCAAUCCUGAUGAGUUCUGUAAAGCAGACGCUCCUAACACAAUUUACAAUUGCAGAAAUUGUGUCUCACUGGCCCAAAUCUUACAGUGACAUGGCUGUGACAACCAAUGCUCUCAUACAUACUUCUAGUUUCUGGCUAUCUGCUUUAUUGCAUCUGAUAUGGAAAAUGCACCAAUAGGAUUUUUGCAGGCACAAAUUCCAAACAUUUCUUCUCUCUUCAAGUAUUGUCCCAUUUUCAGUCUAAAGGUGUCACUGGAUACUCAGCCCCAACAGUGUAGUGGAAUUUUCCUUUCAUGCACUCAUAACAUCUCUGCAUGACAGAUAUCUUCUUCUGAACUAAAUGAUGCCCAUCCUGAGUCUGUCUCGGGCACCUUUGAUGAAGUAUCGGCGUGGUACUUGUUUGCAUGGUACACUUGUAUUCACUGCUAGGUGCUGUCGUAGGUGUUGGAAAUGAAGGAGUGAAUAAUUGAGACAGACAGGUGCCAAAUAAGAUAGAUGAAGCAAUCCAAGGUGUUUUCCCAUCACCCCGUCGUAUUUCCCUUUAACUCAUCACUGAGUGUUUAUUGAGUGAGAGGCUGACACUAAAUGUUUUAUGAACCUCUUCUGAGAUCGUGUCAAAAGUCCUCAAUCAGGACAUUUAAACAUUUUCCCAGCUUACAGAAAACUUUCUCU